AUAAAAUGGCCUAAAGUUGUGAUUUUUAUAUGCAAAUUUCUGCUUUUGAUAAAAAGGAAAGAAAGUGCUUUUAGAAAAAGUAUACGAAAACUCAAGAAGAUAAGAACUGAGCAGAAACCCUAACAGUUGAUUUUGUGGAGAUGGGUGAUUUGGAGAAACAAGGUAUGAUGAUGGUAGCGGAAGAGGAAGAGGAGGAACAGAAGUUGAUUGAAGGAAUGGCAGUGUUGGAUUUUGAUAUGUUGUGUUCUACUGUAGCUAUGCAGACUCAAGGGAAAUGGAGGAAACUAGAAAGUAAUGAUUUUGAUGGUAAUAGUAAUAAUGGUGGUGAUAUUGUUGGAGGGGAAUUUGGUGGUGUUUUCAGGAUGUGGGAAGGCGAAGUUCUUGAUUGCUUUGAUGACCACCGUAUUGCUAUUGAAUCCCUUUGUUGUCCAUGCUAUAGAUUUGGGAAGAACAUGAGACGAGCUGGUUUUGGUUCUUGUUUUCUUCAGGGAACUGCAUAUUGCAUUCUUGCUCUUGGUGCCCUUCUCAACCUCAUUGCUUUCAUUGUCACCAAGAGGCAUUGUUUUCUAUAUUUGGCAGUUGCUUUUACCGUUUCAAUUGGAAUGUAUUUGAGUUUCUUCCGCACUCAAAUGAGACAGAAAUUUAAUAUUAGGGGAAGUGAUAGUUCCUUGGAUGAUUGCAUCUACCAUCUUUUCUGCCCCUGCUGCGCUUUAUGUCAGGAAUCCAGAACACUGGAGAUGAACAAUGUCCAAGACGGUACCUGGCAUGGUCGGGGUGACACAAUUUGCAUUGGUAGCUAUAGUGAAAACAAAGCGAUCUUCGAGUUACGCCCGCCUUCUACGGUCUCAACUCUAGACCAAGUCCCUUGAUAGAUGCUGCGUUUACAGCAACAUAGAUGUAUGGCCACUCUUUGACCUGGGUUAGGCUUUUGGGGACCUUGAUGCUCCAUCCCAAUGCGCCUACAUUUAUUUGAUAUUGGCUUUCCACUUAAAUUGGUCCUGAAAAGAUAGGGAUGAAUCAGAGACAGGGUGGAGUGGUCUCCAAGAUUAGCCAUCAAAUUGAAGCAUUAAGGCAUUGCUGCAUAAACUGUUUAUUUGUUAGUCAAAGCCUAAAUCAAGAUUCCGUAACAGCUUGAAAUUGUUUAUAAGCUAAUAGUUCAGUUCAGUGAUUGAGAAUAUUUGUAUUAUAAUGCAAGAAUUGUAUCCGUUUAUCUCA